GCUCCGGGGCAUAGCCAAUAAGAGUCGAGGGCUACAAUGCGCACCCUCAAGAGGUACUCGCAGAUGCGGACUUGGGCCAUCGAGACCUCGACAUGAGACGAUGUCUUAGCAUGAAUUCAUGACAGUUCAUCGCUCGUGCCCCUUGGUCCUCAACAACACUUAUCGUCGUUUUCCCCCACUUCAGGUACCGAGGCGACCCGCUGGCGACUGCUGAUUUGUCUCGUGCACGGUCUGACAAAGGGACGUACCUACAUAUACAAGCGACUUACACGAGCCACGCAACCGCCAACAUGAGCAACAGUGACCUAUCCCAGAUCACCUCCGAGAUCCCUGACUUUAUUGGAGGGCUACCCAAGAGGAAACAACCCAAGGUUCCUGCCCCACCGGAUGAAUUCGACCAGUACUUUGAUUAUAAACGUUUCUACGAGGGAUCCCCAGCCGCUGAUGCCGACUCGCGGAGCCGGUCUGACGCCUCUUCCAUCCCGGGCUUAACUUCUGGUCCGUCCGAAGAGGAUGGCGCACCAUCCCCCCGGUCCACCGAGGAUGCUUUCCACUUCAAAGAAGCCGUCGAGCAGAUCAAACAGCACGAUGAUCGCUUUACUGUUCCCGCCCGCGAGAUUAGGCCUAAUGGCAUUGAGUCUUACCCAUGGCAUAUGGAAAUAGACAACACCUCACCUGCCAAUGGAUCCGAUAUUACGGGUCUCCUUGGUUCUGGCCCGCUCUCCCCGGCCUCCUCCUCCAACGGGACCUCGUCGUCGCCAUCGUCGUCGCCCGCAUGCCACAGUUCGCCCUCGGCUGACUCUCCACUCAGUCGCGGGAAGCGACAUCGUCCCCUAGACAAUCCAGAGAAGGUUGCCCAAAUGCGCAAGAUCGGUGCCUGCUUCAGGUGCAAGAUGCGCAAAGUUACAUGUGACCAGCAGAUGCCAUGCUCGCGCUGCAAAGAGGAUGCGGCAAAGUAUUGCAACGAUGAUAGCGAACUAGCUAAGCACAUGUGUUUCCGCAAACCUUUUACUGCUAGCAGUGACUUCGCAUUUCAGACAAUCUGGAGAACGAGGGUAAACCCCUCCAUGCCGUCGCAGAGGGGCAAUCCACUAAGGUGGAACGUAUAUUUCAAAGCGUGUCCCACUAGCGAGCUUCCCUUGGCCAUUACCGUCGGGCGCGACGAGAGCAACAACCAAUGGCAGACAUGGCAAAGGGGCCAAAACAACCCCGGGCAAGCAACCCAACCUUAUGAACAUUAUGUCCUGGACCGGCAUAACCUUCCUGAAGACAUCGAGUUCAUCAGGUGGGCAUCAUGGCAAACGUAUCAAGACGAAAGCCUUCCUUUCCAAUCGGCCUUGGAUGUUCUGAUUGGAACAUACGCUCAGGAAGAACAUUCCUUCCUACCAUGUCAUUCACUUGUUCGCCAGGUCCAUGGCAUGAGGUGUAUGUAUAGAAUUUGGCGACACGAAAGAUUCUUCUGCCAGAGAUUUCCAGGUUCCGGCUUGGAAGAACUCCCGAGUCAGAUUUGCCAGGAGUUGAAGAGUAUUAUCAUAUAUAGGAUGAGGACACUCGAGUCUAACAUUCUGGGGGACAUCUGGAAGAAGCUGGAAAUGGGGUUAAAACCACAGGAUCGCUUGCCACUUUGGGCCUGCAUGAUGCAAUUCAUUCUCAUGUACCGUGAUAUAUUCGAGCUCAGCCGAUCAGAAGGCCUUUGUGGGGAUCCGCAGCAAACGGAAAGCGUAUCGACAAGCCUCUUUAGAAACUUGGUUGUGAUGUGCGAGAUUUGCUUUGGUAAAAAGAAGCCAGAGGCAAUGCCCGAAGAUGGAAAUCCGGCCACUGUCCCAGUUAAAAGGGAGUUGAAUGCCGAGUUUAAGAGGGUGGAAAUCUACAGAGAUAGUUUCUACAAGAGCAUCGCCCCUGAUGAUAUCGCUUAUCCGCCUUCGUCCAUGCUCGACCGCUUCUUGCGUGUCUUGUUAGUUGGGACACAAAGAGGCACUGCACGGGGAGGAGCUCGAGCAUCUAAGCGGGUCAAACGAUAGGAAUCUUAUCGGAAUCGGAAGACCAUAAAUGCUUUCAUUUCUUGCUUUGUCAUUUUGUUCAAGGUUGGGUUCUAGGUUUGUAAGAGAGGCGAUACGAGAUCGAUGAUUUAGCGAAGGAGUUUAGCGACAGGCUGAUACCCAUACACCGCAUUUGAGCUUGCAUCAUGCCUCGUAAUGAUAGGAGCAAUGCUUCAGGAGGCACAUUGCUUGUUCAAGGACACUCGCUGCCGGGAUCAGCGUCGCGUGGUCAUUGCAUUCCCUAGCUAGCAUUGCGAGGGAUAUUGUUUUGGUUAUGAUAUGUAUGAAGUUUCGUACUCUGUAUGUCUAAGGAUCUGUAUGCACCU